AUGAACCCUCAGCCAGUGUCUGAACAACUCCAGGAGGAGCAUGUUAAAAGGUCACCUCCGCUGGUCAGGACUCUGGUCAUCCUCCUGAGUCAGGAAGGUGAAGUAACACCCACUGCUUCCAGUUAUGCAUUUUCUAAAAGAUAUAUUGCAUGUCACUCACUUAGCUGUUGUAAUCCCCUUAACGUUAGAGAAUAGUAAAAUGACAGAAGUCUAAACCCAGAGCACUAACAGCACGUGAGGUUACUGCAAGGCUAUUACUCCACAUAUGAAGUGAUCUGUCCUUAGACAUGUCCUAUAUUCACACUGAAAUACAGGAUGGUUCAUAUUACACAACUUUAUCCUGUUUGAGGAGGUAUUUUUGAAGAAACAUUUAGGGUUCACCUUGAAAACUUGAACUUAAGAUUUGAUUUGGAGAGGGAUUUUACAUGCAUGAAAAGGUUACCAGAAACCUCUGUUAACUCGAUAAACAUUGGUUGAUUUUUAGAGACUGGUCUUGUCCAGAUUUCUGUUCAGAAACGAUUUCAACUUACAAUUUCCCAAGUAAGACAUAACAGAAUCUCAUAACUUCUUAGUUUAUGGUAGUUUAUUGAUAAAGGUAGAAAAUCUGACACUUCACCUUCAACCCUUUUCCUCGGGCAUGGCCGUUAUGGUCAUUCCAAAGUCCAGGACAGAGACCAAAGGUGAGCAGGCCUUUGCCAUUAGGGCCUCUAAAUCUAAAACCCCCACUACCUGUGGAAUUUAUGCUGGUAUCAAUGCCACUUUAUGUCACCUCUUUAAAAAGUCUGUUUUAUUGUUGCAACUUUGUCUGAAUGCUGUCUGGGUCUGAAACAUCUAAUUUGUAGUGAGACAUUUUUCUGCAAGCUCUUCUCAAAAUUUUUCAGACAUUAUUUACCAGUUUUUAAACAGUGACUUCACAAAAAUGCUUAUUUUUAGAGCUUAUAAUAGAUAUUUCAUUAAAUCAUAGAAAAACAUUGAAGAAAUAAACUUUUAUACUGCUAUAUGAAGUUUGUAAAGAUCUUAACGUAUCUAUAGGAUUCUGUAUCCUUUAAUAAAACAAGACAAAGUAGACUUACAGCAUAUUAAGUUUAAGCAAUUGAAAGGUGAAUUACCCUCUUUGUUCACAUCUUCAUUUAUUGUAUUGCCGUGAUUAAAAUACAUUACAUACAUACACAUCUGCAAGAAGUUCCUAUACUGCAAACAAUCCUAGAAGCCUUCCCUACCCUGAGGGCAGAGCGGGAGGCUUGGCAGGGCUCCAUAGGAUUUGGUCUGCCUCCUUAUAAAAGAGGAGUGUCUCAGGGUCUUUCACUCUCUGCUCCUCAGGAUGGCUGACACUGCUGCUCCUUCUGCUGCUGCACAAUCAAUGAGUUAACAGGAGCUGAUCGAGCCCCUGCUCCUGUGCCGCCUCUACUCCUGCUAACAUUUUAACAAGUCUUUAUUUCAGGUGGCACAGAUUUGCAAAACAGAAGUUCCAGUCUUUCUAGAAGAGUUUGGACUGUGAGUUGAUACUUUAUAAUAAUAGUCUUUAUUUUUAAACCAAACAAUGCAAAGGAAUUAAGUUUAAGUUAAUUCAUAGGUACAAAAAUUGUUUCACUUUUGUUUGAAAUAGAAAAUAUGGAAAGUAACUCUGCUCCUUUUUGCAUUUUUUUCUCUUAGCUGGUACAAAGAUGUCCCCCUCCUUGACAUCAGUGCUGCUGGUCACAGCACUGACCUGUGUGUGGGCCCAAGGCUUUUAUGAAGAGCGGAAAUCUACCAAGAGAACCAGGGGCAAACCUCUCGCUGCAAAUAUUCAUGAUGGGCAAGGUAAGAAAUUUUAAUGCAAAUUAAAAUGUAGGAACUUUUAUUACCAAUAUCAUAAAGAGUUUGUGCAUCUUUUUUUUUAAUUCAGCACCAAGAUAUAUAAGCUUGAUGUUUAUGUAUCUCAUCUUGCGCUAUGAUUUAAAGAAACGUAGGAUGAAUUAGUUUCUUGUUUUUAAAGCAUGUCGUUUUGUCAGAAAUUAUCCUUUAAUUUGACCUUUGUGCAUUCAGCCAUCCUAGAUGAGGACUGCGGUUUGGAGCUCUCCUUUCUGUUGGACAGUUCUGAGAGCGCCAAAGACAAUCAUGAGCAGGAGAAGCAGUUUGCAAUGAAUGUAGUAGAUAGACUCCAAGGGGUCCAACUGCAGACCGGCCGCAGCAUGAGCUUGAGGGUGGCUCUCCUGCAGUAUAGCAGCCAUGUCAUCACAGAGCAAACCUUCAGAGAAUGGAGGGGCAGCGACAACUUCAAAACCCGUAUUGCUCCCAUCAUUUACAUCGGGCAUGGCACCUACACCACCUACGCCAUCACCAACAUGACCAAGAUCUACCUGGAGGAAUCCAGCCCUGGCAGCAUCAAAAUAGCCAUUCUGCUCACAGAUGGUGUUUCCCACCCAAGGAAUCCUGAUAUUUUCUCCGCUGUUGCUGACGCCAAGAACCAGGGGAUCAAGUUCUUCACUUUGGGCAUCACCCGAGCAGCCAAUGAGCCAGCCAAUGUCGCCCAACUCCGGCUCCUCGCCAGCUCCCCAGCCUCCCACUUCCUCCAUAAUCUACAGGAUGAAGACAUUGUUGAAAAAGUCGUCACUGAGAUUGUGAGUAUAAUGCCUCGUCUUUCAGCACUGAGAAGAAUAGCGAUAUAUUUGCUUUGAAUGAGCAUCUUUUCAGGGAUGACACAUGGACAGGCUUGUUCAGGUUCUGCUGCAGAGAUGGAAUGAGGACAAUGCUCUGGAGAAACAAAUGAAAGAAUGUGUGACAGCUCUGGAUUUGAAGCUUUUUACGGAGCUUUAGGAAAAUACCAUCUGACAUCUGCAUGAGCAUAUCCUAGUAUGUCCAGAAGCCUCAGACUGCAUUCCUUUAUGAAGGAACAACUAGGAUUACAGCCUCUUGACAGAUACAAAUAACUUGCAUUCAGCCAUUUAUGAUAACUUAAGUCCUCUAUUGCUCUUGAAGAAGGAGAAGUAGUUUUGUUCAUGUGAAUUAUUUGCAACACACAAAGCAAUCAGCUGAGUUUAGAGAGUAAUUUUGCCACAUUUUCAAUUUUGCCUGAUAAUAAUUUGUGUUUGUUCUCUUUGCAGAUUGGCUUAGCUGAUGAAGGAGUAAGUAUUUUUACGGCUCUAACAACUCUCACAGAAUUGUCUGAUGUUAGUUUAUGUGUAAUGAGGUAAAGGUGCCUCUUUUGACAGUAUAGAAUUACAUCCAUGACAGUUAAGAAACCUUGUCUUUUUUUUCUAAGUGCCCUCUGGCUCAGCGGUGUGCCUGUGAGAAAGGAGAGAGGGGGCCGAGCGGUCCUUCGGUGAGUACUUAGCCUCAAAGUUUCCCAAAAUAAAUCCCACAACUGAGGAGCAAUUUUCCUUUGAAGUGUCAAGAGUUGGUUUGUCAAAUGCACAGAUUCCUAAAAUGUAAACAUGAUCCUGAUAUUUGAGGAAUGGUAAUUGUGCAGUUUUGAACAAUCAGGGUAAUUAUUUGCGUUUUCUCCCCUCAAGUUUAGCCUGCGGGGCAUUUGCACAAGUAGAGUAAGUAGAUAGGUGGUCCUGUUCCACAUUCUGAAUGAAAAUCUAUGGCAACAGGACUAGAAGUGUAGACUAUAGACUGCUAACCCUUUGAGAAAUAUGUUUGUUGCUGCUCUUCGUCCCCGGUCUCAGGCAGUUAUUUUGCAUUUUUCAUGUAUCAUUCAAUGUCCCCCAUGGAAACCAGAGGCACCACAUUUAGAGCCCAGCUGCCUAUAAAACUGGACCUUUGACCACCAUAAAUCUUACCUGCAGCCUUCUCUGUAAUGUUACAGGGAUAGAGAAACCAGCUUUCUGAUACCAGAUAAUAUACCUCAAUUUUCAGGCAUUAAAAGGUGAUCCCACUCGCUUGAGACACCCGGCCAUAAAUUUCCUGAAAAAAAAAAAAAGAAAACAAAAAACAGACAGCUUUAGGUGAUGUCAAGCUUUUCAAACAAGCGUCUAGAUAAUCAUGUUGCUGACAGACAGCUGCAUGGUCAUUAUCCAGGUGCUUUCUCCUCAGAGAGAUUCUUUAAAUUCUUACACUCAGACGAAGAGGCUCUCAUAAUUGCUCUCAUUAGUUUAAUGGUCACAAAGAAGCGAUUUCUGGUGGAUAGUAGCAGACACAUGCUGUCCAGGUGCAGCUCAAGACAAUGACCCCUGACCCUCUAUACAAGACACCUCAUGUCCCACAGUUGCUUCAAGUGUCAUCUAACCUUCGCAUCGACACAAAUUCAAAUAUCAACUAGGUAACAUUUCCCUCUCCUCAAAUGCUAGCUUAAAGAGGAUAAAAGAUAUUAGUGUGAACCAGGAGGACAGUACAAUUUAAAUGAAAUAAAUUUGUCAAAUCUUAACCCUACCUCUGUUUCAUUCUUCAGGGGAAGAAAGGUCGGCCUGGAGAUGAUGGAGCCCCAGGGUUUAAAGGGCAAAAGGUAUGUGCUCUUUGACGGACAUAGACAAUACAGAUGUCUUAGCUGAGGGGUUCUUUUGCAAGUUUUUAUACCAAUUAAAGUUCAUAAAUUGCAUAAUUACCCACAUAUAUAAAAAAUCUGGAUAGCUAAUAUGAGUAAGAAUUUUAUUUAUACAAAAAUAAAAAAACUCUCUACAUAAAAGGUUUACAUUUCUUUAAGCAAACUUGUGUAAUGUAGUACUUUUUAGAUUUCUGUUUCAUACAAACUUCUGCUAUCACUCUUAACUUUUCCUUCUUUUAUUUAUUUAAUACUUAAUUUAAUACUUGGCCAACUUUUAUUCUAUGUAUACUCUGUUGUAGGCUUUAUUUAAGGACUCUAUUUUAAAUUUCACCAUCACAUUAAAAAUACAAAGCAGUACUUUGCCUUUAAAACCAGGAAUCAUCAUUAGAUUAUUUAAUAAUAGUUGCGUUCAGGGACAUGAUCCUUCCUCACAAUCUGAUUGACCACAUCUGAUGCCAUCCCCAAAAUCCCAAUCUGUGAUUAGCUAAUUUCCUUGUCAGAGGUGGUACCUGUCAGAAUGAACUAUUUUGACUGUGUUGCAACAGUCCUUAAAUUUUUAAUGCAGCACUUUUCUUAUAUUGACACUUUAAGUUGUUAAAAAAUACUUGUUAUAUGUAUUUCAUGUAUUUCAACACACAUGAGAGGAACUAGUCUGGAAACAAUUUCAACAACCUCUUGCACACUGCAUAACUUUUAUAAAUAAACGUAUUGUCAAUGUUUUGAUUAAAAAAAAUUAUAGCUUUUAAAUAUAUUUUUAGCAGUUAGGUUUAGGUUAGAUUGCAAUUUUUUUAGGUACUUGAAGAUCUGUAUGCUGCCACUCUAUUGUUUUACUCUUUAAGUUAAAAAAUAUACACAGAAAUGUAAAAUCAGCAUGAUACUGUGUUUAAAUGUUAGGAAUUAUCAUAGAUAUGAUUAGUGGAGACAGAAAUGGUAAAUAAGUUAUGUUUAUUUAUGUGUGUCUUUGUGCAUGUAUAUAUAUCAUGCCACCCCUGUGUGAGUGAGCGCUCUUGUUGGGCCACCUCGCUCUAAAGUCUGAUACAUGUCCCUGGUGAUGUGGCUGUUUCCUUCAUUUAAGUCAUUCACUGGUCGUCUUCCCUCACUGACUGGAUUUAGGGUUAAGUGGUUUCAUAGUUUCCACAAGAACAGAGUUUUGUUGCUUUUAUUAAUACCGUUGACCACUUCCAUGCAUCUAAGCUCACAGUGAUCUAGUAUUCACUGUUGGAGAGUAUGUUUCAGAGUUCACUGUAACACCACUCUUUGCAAGGUGACUCUAUUUACCUUAGUGUUUGAGGCUGCACAAAAUCUCUAAACAGUUCAUGGUUUAUAUGUCAAUGUGCCCUACUCCCACUGCUAGUUAUAUUUAUUGUUCUAUAUCUAUAGUAUUAAUUUAAAAAAAUCCCUUUAAAUUUGAGAUUUAGUUGCUUGAUUUAUAUGAUAGUAAUGACAAAAUACCAUGUAUUCUAAUUUAUCUCAUGUUUUGGGUCUGAACAUAUUUAAAAUAAACUGAGAGGAAGAUUCUGGAUUUAACAUUUCUUUGCUUUUGUAAAAAUUAGUCUUAAGGCUUUUUCAUUUUAUUAGAUGAUGUGGGGGGAAGAGGAGGAGUAACAUGUACCAGAUCAUAUUGGGACACUCUGUACACAAGGCUCUGGCUCCCCUGACUGAGCCAUCAUCUCUUUUCUUUCAACUUUUCAUAUUUACUCCUGCACUGUACAGUAACCUGUAUGAAAUCUUAGUCACCGGUACGUUUUUGUAUUUUCUUCAUAUCAGGGUGAAGCAGGAUUGAGUGGUCUUCCUGGCAGAGAGGGUGCUGAGGUAAAGAUGAACCUUGAAUAAAGAGAAAAACUUGAUUGUCAUUUUAUUUUGCUUACAUGCUACAUCUGUUUCAUUUGCAGGGAAAACCAGGUUACAAAGGAGAGCGGGUAUGUUUUUCAUGUCACAUUCACAGCAGUGAUUACAUUAUUUUGUGUAAAUUCAAUUAAAUGUACAGUAUGUUGUUGUUUUUUACACAGGGGGAGAGGGGUGAGUGUGGCACUCCAGGAAUCAAAGGAGACAGGGUAUGACAGCACUGUCAACACUGAAAACACUGAAUGUUGAGUUGAGUUGUAUAGUUUAGAUUAUCUCUGACCUGAUGGGCUCUCUCUGUUGUAUGUGAUGUGUUUCAGGGCCCUGAAGGUCCAGUUGGAGUGAGGGGACUCAGAGGUCUACAGGUCUGUAAUAUUUAUGUAUUUAGACUUUUUUUAAUUAAGAAGUCAAAGAGGCACUUUUUGCAUAGUCUUGAAAUAUACAAAACAUCAUAAAGUAGAAAUUAUAUGAAGAAAACUUUUUUCUGUUUUCUUUUAUGCAUAUCUCUCCUACGCAUAUCUCUAAACACACACACACACACACACACACCUAUUCAAACAACUUAUAACUUUGAUGCCUCUUGUGUGUUCUUGUCUGUUUAGGGGUUACCUGGACCACAAGGAGACAUUGGACCUGAGGGCCUUCUGGGAAAGCAGGUCAGCCCCUUUUAAACAACUUUUACUUCCCUCACAGUGCACAUCUGCUGUGACCUUUACAUUUCCUUUUAUGAUUAGUUUAAACAAGAGCUAGGGGCUUUAGUACCGGGGGUCUUACUGCUACACACAGAGGCCUGUUUGUCUGAGUAAUAAACCCCUGAUGUGAAUGCAUGGCAAUAAGCCAAGUCUUCCCCAUCAUUAUUAUUAGUCACCAGCACACGGGUGAGCCAUCAGCUAAAACUCCCUCUACAGGCUCUCCUAAUGACUUGUAUCCUGUGUUUAAAUACAGACUAGGGAGUGCCUGCAGCAUUGUCUGCUCCUCAAACAAGGCCUGCAGUUAAUAACACGUAUUCAGACCGCGUGUGUGUUCAGUGUCUCGCCGUGUGACAACAUGUAGGAAACAUUUGCAAGGAUCAACAAGACUUGAUACCAUGUAUGACCUGAGCUGCUAAAAAGAUUUUUUUUUUAAUUAAAUAUUGAAUUUAUAUUUUAUUGUUUAAGAAUAAGUUUAAAAAGGCACCAAACCCCAAAUAUCCUCAGAAAAGCUGCAGCUUUUCAUCGAAGGCUCUGCAUUUCUAAUUUUUUGUUUGUGAUUUGACUUACAAUCUAAUUUUCCAAAAACUUGUACAAUACAUAAAAUUGUGGUUGUGGUUUGACAAUUGCUAAAUGAUGAUAAAAUUAUGAAAUCUGGAAGUGGGAUUGUUAAGUAUAUUGUAAGCUUUAACAGUGAAGUCAAUUCAUAUAUUUCUGUUAACUAUUGUAACUAACUGUCUCUAAACUGUCUCUGGAUUUAAUUUCCACUGAUCGCUGAUGUUUGAUGGUUUCCCUUCCUGUGAUAACAGGGUGAACGUGGCCCACCUGGUCCACCAGGAAUUCAGGGAGAAACUGGCAUUGGACUUCCUGGACCAAAAGUAAGUGAUGUUGCGAUUUUCCUCUGACUUAUUUUUUGUUCUUUUUUAUUGUUUUCUUCCUACCUGUACACUUUGGGUUCUCAUGUUAAAUAAUGUUGAUAUUUGAAUCUUUAGGGUGACAUGGGAUUCCAGGGUCGGGCAGGUCCCCCUGGUCCUCCUGGAUUGGGUGAACCCGGCCCUCCUGUAAGUGAAAGGAAACAGAGUUGGAUCAAUUUCAACAACAACAACAACAAAAUUGUAAUCGUGAUCUGAUACACUGAAGACUCUAAUACACAUACUCUAACCUUGGCACUUUUUGGCUGCUUUGUUUGCAGGGGCCUCAAGGACCUCAGGGUGUUCAAGGUGAAAAAGGGCCCCACGGUGAGGGCUUUCCAGGACCAAAGGUAUUAUUUCAAAGUUCAUUAAAAAACAAUAGUAUCACUGUGCCAAUCCAAACCAUUUCAAUGCCACAGUAUCUUUGUUCCAGAAGUUGGCCUGAGGAUAAGUGAUGAAAUAGUUGCAAAAAGAUGGCUCACUUUUAAAGUUGUUCUUCUGAUACAGAUUUCAGUCACAGCUUCCUGCACAGCCAAAAGUGUUUAUGCAGUUAUGCAGCAAUCACAGGCCAAUCCAGUAUUGCUUGAAUGCACAACUAAGGAGAGGCACCGAAUUUUAUUUAACGGCUGUGACAAGAUGAUAAGAGAAUUUGACACAAUUACUCAUUGGCCUCCCUAAAAUCAGAUGGUUUUGCAUAAAUCAUCUUGGAACUCUACCCAACAAAAACAGUGUAGUAUUAUCAGAGUAAUUAAACUGUCAACAGUUAGUGGUUUCUCGUAAAUACUGUAUAUUUUCUUCAUGCAGGUGGUUUUAAAGUUGGUUUUAAAUACAACUAAUAUUUUAGGCUGAGAGUCAAAUGGGAUCUGGAAAAAAAAGCUCACUUAAACAUCUUGUUUCUCCUAACUUGUUUAUUUACUUUUAAAAAGUGCAUUGAACUUGACACCUGCACAUCUGAUUGUGUCACCAUAUAUCGCAUAUUCUGGGUUUUUAAUAGAAGAACCAGGGUGGAUGUUUUAAUCUAGUAUUUAGCACAUAUUCAGACUAAUGAGAACAAAGGCCACAUCAUCCCAUGCAUUGAGAACUUUGCCAGUGUGCUGUUUGGCAAAGCGAAUAAUCCCAAAAAAAUUAUUUUAUGCACAGGCUGGAUUUCUCUGCAAGAAAAGCAGAGUGUAAAUUCUAAGAAUAAUUUCAGCCUGUUCAGGAAUAAUGUAAUUUCUACCGUAUUCCAAUGAUUCAUAACCAGCACUUGGUUGAUGUUAUUUUGGUCAAACAGAGCCUUUACAUGUAGAUUUAUCACAAAAAUCAGCUUCAACACUGAUUUAAGCGUAUCUUCCAUAAAAUACAGAUACAAAUAUGAUCAUCUUGGUAUUUUUUUUUGGAACGCUUCGAUCUGAUUGCAUGUUUCUGGGUCUCUCUGCAGUCCAUGCCCUGUAUCUGUCAAACCUGAUUUGUCUCUGCUCUAACUCGAUGAUUGAAAACUCAGGUGUGCCCCUAAGAGUUACUACUUGCUCUGUUGUUCAAGCCUGUUGGAACAGCAUUGUGUCUAUGAUGUAACAUUGCACUAUGGACUAUAUAUUUAAAAACUCUGUAAAUGAGGUAGAUGUAAUUCAAUCAAGGGCAGUUUAAGGAUUAAAAUGCACAAAAUACAUAGAAACACAGCCCAGUGUUGUAAGAUUUACGCUUUAUACCAACAAUAUAAUUGUAAAGUUGUAUCAAACCUCUCACACAAGACCUGACUUGCACUGACAAUGGGAGGAGAAUAUUUAUGUACCUGUUGAGUUUACCCUACAAAGAAGUACCCUCCAGCUACUACACAUCUGUUUGGUUGUGCCAGACCUCUUUGAUUUUAUCUAUUAUUCGCCCCUGCUGACUUACAGUACAUGUCUUGUGAAAUGGGAUCAGGUUGCUUUGGUCUGACACAGACACACAUAAAGAUAGUAAGAUCUGAUCUACUUUAUGUCUCGAUUCAUUACACUGGAUGUUGAUUUUGCUGCUUCUAUUUGUCACCUCUCCCUUCCAUAAAUCAGAGGCAGUGGAAAAAGUCCACAAUUCCUUUAGUGCCAUGAGGACAGAAAAAAAGGGUUCAACAGGAGCCAACAUGCUCCCCUUUUUCUUUCCUACUCUCUACAAUAAUAACAAUGCAAACUUGGCUGAGACCCAGUGGAAAGCAUCUGUGAUGUAACCAAUAGAGAUGACCUGAAUCUGUUCUGCAGGGGGAUCGGGGGCUACCUGGACCAAGGGGCCCAAGGGGACAACAAGGAGUUGGAGAAAAGGGAGAAAGGGUAGGUCAUAAAUUAAGGUGAAAUAACAAAUCAAAGGAAAUAUUUUAAAUAUUGGUUACUGCACUCAGACCCUUUCAUUUUCAUGUUUUCAGUGACAAGAUUUAAGAUAAGUUAGUGUUCACUUUCCCACAGCCUCAUUACAGUUGUUACUCUGUUAUGCUAUUAGGACACUUCUAAAAGUUUAUUAUACACUGGAGGUCAUAAAUGUUUAAUUAAUCCACAUUGCUUGAUUGUGAAGGUAAUACACGCAGACGCACAUAGCUAAGGGAGUCACUUUUGUGAGACGCUUUUGUGUCAAACUGUUAACAUUGUUUUGUUUUUCAGGGGGAUUUGGGGCCUCCAGGUCCUCUAGGGCCAACUGGCCCAACAGGAGUGGGCAUACAGGGAGAGAAGGUCAGCAAAAUGCCCUUAUCUAUAUUUCUACGAUGUCACCUGGAUCAUAUAGAUGUAAGACCUUCUAUACUGAAAGAUGACUGAUCUUUAUUCCUAUUUAGGGUGUUGAAGGUCCAAGAGGUCCACCAGGGGUCAGAGGACUUCCAGGAGAGGGAUUACCUGGGCCUAAGGUUUGCAAGAACACCAACAUAUCACAGAUGUGGGUCUGAUUCAGACUCCAGAUCAAUCUAGUUUUGCAUGAUAAUGUAGCUGUCUCGUUUCAGCAGUUUUGUUUCAUCCAUUCACACCACAGUCACACACUGAUGGCAGAGGUCACUAGGUAAAGCACCCAUCUGUAUUACCUAAUCCCAUUCACACACUGCUGGGCACUGCCAGGAGGAGCAGUUUGGAGUCAAGUGUCCUACCAAGGGACACUUUGACAUUUGUACCAUGGGACCUGGAAUCAAACCCUUGGCCUUCAAAUUGAAAGAUGACCAAGUCAACCACAGAGCCAAAGCCCAAAUCAAGUCGUAGCUGCCAAAGUUGAAAACAGCUCAUAACAUGGAGCAGAGUUAGGUGAUAACCAAAUUUAAAUGUGCAGGCAAACAACAAACUUCAUAACCAGCCUUAAAAAACGCAUCCAGAAGUCCUCGUUACUUGUCAUAUUUUCUAUUACGGUUUUUGCCAUCAUCCUGCCAUGUCAUUGUUUUUUUUAAUUCAAUUCUAAGGGAGAUCAAGGUCUACCAGGAGAGCAAGGAGCACAAGGAGAGACAGGGAUCGGUGAACCAGGUCCUAAGGUAAGACAACAUGCCCCAAAAUGAAAAAUAUGAAUUAAGUUUCAGGCUAUAUUGGCAUAUGGGGAGUGCCAAUGUCAUCAAUCUAUCAAUGAUAUAAUAAUACAUUUAUUCUGCAAUUACAGGGAGAGCCUGGAGCAGCUGGUUUGGGUGGCUUGCCUGGUCUUCCAGGAGAGGAUGGAGCUCCAGGGCAGAAGGUGAACUACAAUCUUUCAUGAUGUUACUUUAUUUACAAAGAAAUCAACUUGAUUGCAUUCAGAGGUGGUCGUUGCAGCUUAGAGAUUAAAAAGUACAGUUUCUAUGUGUCCUUCACUUUUUCUCUCUCAGGGGGAGCCUGGUGUACCUGGUUUAAGAGGCUCUGAAGGGGCACAAGGAAUUGGCACCCAAGGAGAGAAAGUAUGCUCCAGAAAUACGUUCUUGUGUUCAGAGUUUAUAUGACAAGAAAUGUCAAUCAGAUGAUAUGUGUUGGAAUCCCUACCAGGGUGACCAGGGUCUGAGGGGCAUCCGUGGAUUACAUGGACCUCCUGGCGUCCCAGGACCUUCAGGACAGAAGGUAAGCGUGAACACUCCCCUUCCAUUUAUUCUGUUAUGAACAUCUCCCUGUUGAAGAUUUAUGUCACAGUAACAUACCCUUUAAACCAAGCCAAAAAACAAGUCUUCCGCAGGAUAUUGGCAGCUCAAACUCUAACAAAAUAAAGACGAUCAUGAAUUGGAUCUUAAAUCUUUGCCAACUCUCAUUUUGCAGGGUGAACGUGGAAUACCGGGCCAGCAGGGCAUGCCAGGGCAGCCAGGACGCUCCAUAUCAGGUCCAAAGGUAAAUAAAUGACAGCUUUUCAUCAAACUGUCUCUUGACAAAGAUCUUGGCACAUGCAAAGACAAGAAGCACGCAGCCGGAAGAAACAGAAACAAGGCGGUGUAUCCAGAAAAUGUUACUUUAAUGUGACUUGUUGUCCUGUCUCCAGGGAGAUGUUGGCCCUGCUGGUCCUUCUGGUCCUGUUGGGGAAACAGGCCAUGGAUUACCUGGUCCAAAGGUAAACUUGGUCUUUUUCUUACAGUUUUACUUCAUCCUUUUGGUCCAAUCAGCAUAAUAUCGCUGCUUUUCCAUCUGUUUAUCCUGUAAAACCAGGGGGAGCGUGGUCAUCAGGGUUUACCAGGCCCAGCUGGUCCAAAAGGCGAAGGCUUUCCUGGCCCUGUGGUUUGUAAAAUCAACAUUUUUCUUAAUUCCAUCACAGGUUACUCUAGUAUAGGAUGGCAAACUUAUCUUUGCAUUUUUUAGGGUCCUGUGGGUUUGCAAGGUUUACCAGGGGAGCCAGGCCCAGAGGGAAUAGGAAUCCCAGGUCCUAAGGUUUGGGUCCAUCUGUUUGGAUACACAUGAUUGCUUGUGUGCUAAAAAAAAAUGGUCUCUGCAUUUCUCUGCAUCAGUAUAUGUAGUGGAAAAAAACUCAUUCGGAAGUCUGUAUCUGUUUUAGGGUGAUGUUGGCUUUCGGGGGUUGCCAGGUUUGCCAGGCCCAGCUGGAGAGGGCUUACAGGGACCACCAGUAAGAAAGACAAUGAAACAAACAUUCAGUUUUCAAUACUGGGACAUGGCUAAUGAUGACACAAAUUUAUCUUUUGACAAAAGACUGGGUUAUUCAGAGGUCUGAUUUACUUUAACAUUUGUUUCAAGGGUAAUACUGGAAGACCAGGACCUCCUGGUCCAACUGGACUUCCAGGAGAAGGCAUUCAAGGCCCAAAGGUAUAAUGUAUUUCAGUUUAACAAAAUUGGCAUUAAAAGACCAAAUGUUUAGGAUUUGUUUAAAGUGUGGGAAUUUCUGUAUAAUCCAGUGAUUCUUAUUUCAGGGUGAACCAGGACCUCAGGGUAUGACAGGACCCAGAGGGCCUCAGGGGGAUGGACUUCCUGGAACCAAGGUGCCUUAACCGCAGUAAAUUUUGCUUCUAUCUGAUUAGUUGGUCUGUGACUGAAGACUGACUCUCCUCUUGUUGCAGGGUGAUCGUGGAAUACAGGGUGAGAGGGGAAUGAAAGGGGCAAAAGGAGACCUUGGCGAUCCAGGGGUUCCUGGUGAAGCAGUAAGAAAAACAGAAAUUCAAGAAUGUCACACUGUCAGUCUGACACUGUCAGACUUCACACAGAAACAGUGAUAUUUCUUUUUUUAUUUUUUCAAAUCACAGGGAAGGCCAGGAGUUAAAGGAGAAGCAGGCCUCACAGUGAGUUAUUCUGCUUCAUUUGUAUUUGAAAAUUCAUUACAUUCAUAUUCAAUACAUUGUGAUUAUGUGCUAAUGUGACUUUUUUUAUUUUCAGAGGGAAGACAUCAUUAAACUGAUCAAAGAAAUCUGUGGUAAGAGCUCAGGCUAAGUCAAAUACAUGUUUAAAACCACUAAGUGUAGAAAAAAUAAAUGCAGUUUCUGUAAGUUAACCUGAUGGUUUCUAACAAUGGCACUCAACAUGGUAGAAAUGUUGACUCAAACCUAAGACCAACAGCUAAAUUGGGUGAGGUUCAACCAAGAACCCUAAAGAGGUGAAGCUAAGAAGAACUUAAAGCUUUCUGGCAAACAGCUAUAAUGAAUCCAUCUGUCUAACUAUUAGGUUAUACGUUUGAACAUGAGGCCUGAUGGGGAUUCCUUGACUUUUGCAGUCAGCCUCAAGUGUCCACUCAAGGAACUGCAUUUAUUUUUCUUUUGUUUUCACUUUUCAUCAGCUUUAUCUUUCACCACCAGAAGUUGUCACUUGGUAUAAACUCUCUUUAGUGCCUGGCACAUUCAGAGCAUGAAUAUAGAGCUUAAAUUUUUAUUAUAUUGUCUAGUGAAUUUUUAAAUAUGUGAGGAAAGAAAUGCACCUUUACACAUCAGGUGGAACAACACAGUUUGUUGUUUAUCUUCCCCUUUUAGUCCCAGUUUGAUCACCAUAAUCUCUAAAAAAUACAAUCUGGAGCUCCUGGGAGCUGCUUUUGCUGCUAACUUAACUCGUGGUGCUGGGCAGAAGUUUAGAUUUUUAACAACUGGCUCUGACACAGAAAUAAUAAAAAGAAUCACAAAGACACUUAAGACUAUUGUGGUGUAAAUUUACCACCCCCUGGUGUUAACAUUAGACCCAGCAGCAGUGUUUUAUCCAUUAAAAACAGAGGCCAAUAAACACCUGUUGAGAAAAUCAAAGUGAAGGGCAGUGAUCAAGUACAUGCAGUGACAUUGUUUUAAUUUUUCCAGGAUGUGGGGUCAAGUGCAAAGAAAGGCCAAUGGAGCUGGUCUUCGUCAUUGACAGUUCAGAAAGUGUUGGUCCUGAAAACUUUGAAAUCAUCAAGGACUUUGUCACCAGGUUGGUAGACCGCACCACAGUUGGACGCAAUGCCACCAGAAUUGGCCUGGUCCUCUACAGUCUGGAUGUCCACUUGGAGUUCAACUUGGUUCGCUACAUAAGCAAACAGGACGUCAAGCAGGCAAUCAGGAAAAUGCCUUACAUGGGAGAGGGCACCUACACUGGAACCGCCAUCAGGAAAGCCACUCAGGAGGCGUUCUUUAGCGCUCGUCCUGGAGUUAGAAAAGUUGCCAUCGUCAUCACUGAUGGUCAAACAGACAAACGAGAGCCAGUCAAACUCGACUUAGCUGUGAGAGAGGCUCAUGCUGCAAACAUUGAGAUGUAUGCCCUGGGGAUUGUUAAUUCUUCUGAUCCAACGCAGGCUGAGUUCCUGCGAGAGCUCAACCUCAUCGCCUCUGAUCCUGACAGCGAACACAUGUACCUCAUUGAUGACUUCAAUACUCUACCAGGUGAUCAUCUCCAUCAAAUUUUGUUGAUAUUGUGUCUAAAUCAAAAAGUAUCAGUGAUCAUUUCAACAGAGAGUGCCUCAAGUUAACUGAGUUUUUAUUUUUUUUAGCGCUGGAGUCUAAACUGGUCAACCAGUUCUGUGAAGAUGAAAAUGGAGCCCUUAUUUACAACCGUGUUACAAAUGGACACUGGAAUGGCAAUAAUGGUCAUGGCCAUGGUAUCAACGGAAACAGUGGAAAUGGAGAUGCUAAAAAUGGUUAUGAUGUCUAUGGCAAUAAUGGCUAUGGUAACAGUGGCUAUGGAAACACAGGGGGGGAUUACAGUUACCAUGAAGAGAUCCAGAAUCAGAGACGCACCAGCAGCCGAGGCCGUGGAGACACUUUCACACUGCCCAUCAGUGCUGACCCUCUGCCUGUCCAGGUCUUAAUCAAAAACUUGUCUUAUGUUGUUUUCCUUAAAUUUUCUACCCUUUGCUAUUGAUACAGAAUUCUCUAGUAUUCAGACACAUGCUCCUGUUGUUUUCUCCUCUAGGUGUUGGAGGAUGAUGAGGGUGAAGAUUUAGACUUACGAGUGCAAUCACGGGGGACUCACACUGUGGCAGUAGUCAACAAAACAUUGUCUUCACCUGUGAGAGAAAGCUCCACCUUUAAUGUGGUUGUUGUAUCAUCUUCAUCAUCUUCUACUUCUUCUACUUCUUCCUCUACCUCACCGGAAACAGCUUCUUCAGCUGUGGGCUCAGUUUCAACCUCAAACACUAAUCAGUUGCAGCCCUCAGAGAGUUCAGUGCAGCUUAAAGGUGAGUACUGCACUCCUGCACGACUGGGGUUAUUUUGUUAUGUCACACAGGGAAAAAAAAACACUUUUAAGUAAUAAAACAAACAUUAUUAUAUCAUAAGUAAAAUCUUAUUUCGAUCCAGUAUGAUGAGUGUGUAAAAUUGCCAUUUACUGAUAAAUAUUCUUUGAAACUCUUACACCACCUUACACCCUGUUUCUUAAACAGAGGCCCCUCCUCUUGAUCCCCGCUGUCACCUCACCUUGAACCAAGGCACCUGUCGGACCUACAUCAUCCGCUGGUACUAUGACAAACAGGCCAAUGCCUGCGCACAGUUUUGGUAUGGAGGCUGUGGUGGAAAUGACAACAACUUUGAAAUAGAGGACGAGUGCAAGAAGACUUGUGUUCUGUUCAGAACAGGUAGGUUUGAAGAACAGAAAAUGAGCUCAUUAUAUGUUUAUAUUUUUCUCUUCUGAAUCUAAUUUUUGUGUUUUUGUUUCCAGCAGGGUAAAUGGAAAGUGAGCCACCAGAAAGUAGAAUUUACUCCUCUACAAUAUGUAGAUUUUUAAGGAAUGUGAUUCAGUCUGUCCUCAUAAAAAAUUCAGGCACUUUUUGAACACCAUACCCACAAACAUACUCUUGAUGAAAUAGCACAAUAGCACUGAAAAGUUACGACCAGGCCAAUAAAAGAUUAAAACCUGUGAUAUGGUUAACAUAUUGAAUGACUGACUUAUGACUAACUUCUCCAAACAAGACGUUAUUACCUCAAAGAAAUUGUAUUGUGCUGAUACAUGUGGAGAAUUAUUUUAUUCAGGGUUUUGCUUGUUCUCAGUUACAAAUAGAUCUGUUCUUCGCUUUACAUGUACUGAAUACAUUUCUAGCAAGUCAGCAAUAGUAACAUGUGUUUAACAUUAUCGAUAUGAUUUGAUGAAAUAUGCUGGUGCUUUAUGUUUGUUCUGUUUGUUGAAAUUACAAUGUGUCCAUGUGGGUUGUAACUGGCAGCUGUAAUAGAUAGCCAUUUAUGUCAGUGUAGUGCAGUUCAUACAUAAACUUGUCUGUUUGGACAAUGUCUGUCUUUCUGAUACGUGUUUCUGUGUGUUUUUUAAUAAUAAAAUAUGAAUUAAUUGUGUGAGCUUCCUCUCUACUUGUUUAUUAAGAAACCCCAAUCAACUUUCCAUCAUCAUACUACUUCGUCUUUUGUUUCCUAAUAUACAGUCAGUUAUAUUUUCAGUCAUAUUUUCUUGCUGAAGGUGCCAAAUGUUGAUAGUUUUUCACUGCACUGGAUCCACCUUUCGUCUAUGCAAAAUUUCCAAAAUCCAACCACAAAACGUAGACAUUUUUUUCUCUAUUGAAUUAAAGGUGGGGUAGGCAGCAUUUGAGGAAAUGCCAGUUUGGGGGAGAAAUCUAAAAUGUCAACACUACCCCUCCCAACCAGUUUUCCCCUCAGCUCCUCCUCUUCCCUCCCUCUCUGCUCCAGCAAGCCCUGCCCACAAACAAACGCACGUCCUUGCUGGUAUAGUUCCAAUUAAAUUCAGAUAUAAUGCAGAUAAAUACUUCAGAUAAUUACUAAUGGAGCCCAGUCAAUGUGAAAGUAAACAGCAUUGGUGCUACUGUAGACGCCAACAGACUAUCAGAAAACACAAUGUUUGCAGGACUUCUAAAACUAGGAUAAAGUGACAUAGUCCAGGACCCGAGGUAAACAGUUUAGCGGUGCUAAAACAAGCAGCAGGUCCCGUUUGACAAGAAACACUUCUAUUACAGACACUUCGCUUACUUUGCUAAAGCGGUUUACCUGUCCAACACAAAGGUUACAGGGUCUGUAAGAUCCCUAAGUGUCCCCCAUCACUGUUGACUUGGCUUCUCCAUCGUCUGGUCUACCUCCUUUUUAAUUGCCCGUUAUUCCGCCAGAGUCUCCGGAAUUUACUUUUUUUGCUUGUGUUGGUGGUCGUGGCUAAAGGAGGAUUCAGGCAAUUUUCUGUACUUUCUGUUUGGUUUCUACUGUCAGAUAUUGUAGCACCUAACCUUGCUUGGGCUCUUGAAGGACAUGGGGGAGCAGCAUCUGCCCCACAACCAAUCAGGAUGGGAGAGGCGGGGAAUGGCUUUGUUUACAGUCAGAGAGAGCCAGUGCUCUGAAAAUUUAAAAUGUUGACUACAUAGACUUAAUAUAACACAGCGAUAUCGUGAUAUUAACAAAUGUCCUCAAUGACUAAUAGCUAUUGAAUGACAUUAAAAGCUUUUUUGAAUAUACACCACGAAAAAAGAUGCGUCUUUAACGGUUCCUGCCCACCCCCACCUUUAAUUGAGUUUAAUUUUUUGUCGUAUGUCUUCAUGUUUGUCCCCUUCACUCGCCGUCGGUUUCCAAGGUGACGCUGACGCUUCAAAGGCUUUUCAGAUUAGCCCUUCUGACUAUUAUGCUAGCUCGUCGACCCACAUUUGCUAAAGUCAGUUCAGCCAAGUCGAGUGAGUGAUAACUUGUAAACAUGGCAUCUGUUUUAGAUGCUCUCUGGGAGGACAGAGACGUCAGAUUUGACAUAACAGCACAGUAAGUCGAUGUUACUAGUUGGUGAUUAUUUCAUCAGUAGCUACAAAAACCAGUUAGCGUAGUCGUGCUAACUGGCUAACUGAAGAUAACGCGAGGAAAAGCAAAUGUCCCAAACAUGUUUUUUGUUGCCAUAUUACAAUUUUGAAGUGGAAAAUGUUGCAGGUUACCUUAAUAGUGUCAUUGACGUUACUGUCAACAGUUGAGAUCGACCUGAUCUCUGAGUUCAUAUUGACGUUUAUGAUAUUCUACAACAGACAGAUGAAAACUCGUCCUGGAGAGGUUCUUAUUGACUGUCUGGACUCCAUAGAGGACACGAAAGGAAACAAUGGAGAUCGAGGUACAUUUGGUUGGCAGUUGUGGAUGUUGAAAUCAGCAACCUGAUUGAUAUCAGACUACCAGCCUAAUAAACGAUGGUGUUCCCGUUUUACAGGAAGACUGUUGGUGACAAACCUGAGGAUCAUCUGGCAUUCUUUAGCCCUGCCAAGAGUCAAUUUGUGUGAGUAUACCUGAUUUAAAAUAGUCUACAUCACUUGAUAUUUGUUGUAAUUUUACUGUGAGCUUAUGGAAACUUCACCCUAGUGUUUCUGCCCUAUCUCUGUGGUAACAUGGCAUUUAAUCAGCCAGUCAAACGGUUUCUUAAGAAUGUCUUCAAAGUAUUCAAAUUGGAGUUCACAGGGUAACCCACGAUGUGAUACUACCAAGUUAACAGUAUAACCACAAUGCAGCAAUUCUGCAAACAUCAAUGAAUGGUGAGACAUUUUAAAAAAGUAUAGUGUCCCAUCCCUAUCAGCGACUCUGGGGGGAGUCCUGGGGUGGUGAUAAAGGAGAGCAUAUGUAUCACUCAAUCUGUCUUUUAAAGUUGUGAAAAUCUAUCCAAUCUUACCCACCUAAUGCAACUCUGUAAUUUCAUGCAGCUGUGGGUUACAAUUCCAUCAUAAACAUUACAACAAGGACAGCCAACUCAGUGAGUGAACCUUUUCUCGGUAUUUUCUUCUUUUGUUUGAAUUAUGCGUCUGUGACUCUUACAUGUUUCCCGUCAUAUAUUCAUUUUGUAUGUUGUAAUAAUAGGAACAUUUGUUUUAUUGCCUAAUAACGUUGCAGUAUCUUUAGUUUUUUUCCUUUAUAAUCUUAUGGAAGACCAAUAUUUGCAGCAUUUCUCUGACAUCCCUUUGAAUUAAAUGACAAACGAGGUACAUAGUAAAUGUGAUAAAGACGGAUAAACAUUUUUUACCAUUUGUGCAGAAAUUGAGAGGCCAAACUGAAGCACUCUACAUCUUGACAAAGUCCAACAACACAAGAUUUGAGUUCAUUUUCACAAAUGUGGUCCCCGGAAGUCCAAGGCUUUUUACUUCAGUCAUUGCUGUACACAGGUAAAACAAUAUUAGCAACAAAUGUUCAGUUCUCUUGUUAUCUUCUACUUGAAAUGUAUACUAUAAUAUAUUUACUAUGUUUCAGAGCCUAUGAGACCUCCAAAAUGUACAGGGACCUGAAACUGCGAGCAGCUCUUAUUCAGAAUAAACAGCUAAGACUUUUGCCCCGGGAACAGGUGUAUGAUAAAAUAAACGGGGUCUGGAAUUUAUCCAGUGAUCAGGUAUCAGUGCAUAAAAUGUAUCUUUUGAAUUAGUUUUCUUCAUAUCUGUAUGUAAAUUAAAAUAACACAGUGUUUUCUCCUUGAUUAAUCACAUUGUCCUUUCUGUAAGGGUAACCUUGGUACCUUCUUCAUCACUAAUGUGCGGAUUGUGUGGCAUGCAAAUAUGAAUGAGAGCUUCAACGUCAGCAUUCCCUACCUUCAGAUUGUAAGUUUAGUCUUUUCCCCCUUCUCCUGUAAUUGUAUCACCUGUUAAUCUCACACUGUCUUCCGUACUUGUAAAGGUAGUUCCAUUUAGGUCCCAGAUAUUUUUGUAUCCUCCCACAAUACCACUGCUUGUGAACUUGUAUGUCUUGUCAAACACAUCUUUUUCCCAUUUACUUUGACAUUGUAUGUGACUUCUAUUGUGUACCUUUCAUUUCCAGUGGUCUAUCAGAAUAAGAGACUCCAAAUUCGGCUUAGCUUUGGUGAUUGAGAGUUCACGCCAGGUAAGCUGAUCAUGAGAUCACGAUUAAAACCUUGUAACAGAAGUUCUUCUGGAUUUGUUGCCUGUUAUACACAAACUGUGUCCCCUUGCAUUUCAGAGUGGUGGCUAUGUACUUGGGUUCAAGAUUGACCCUGUGGAUAAGCUUCAAGAUGCACUUAAGGAAAUUAACUCACUACAUAAAGUGUACUCUGCCAACCCCAUCUUUGGAGUGGACUAUGAAAUGGAAGAAAAGGUCAGUAUCUUUGCACAAAAUUGUGACAAACUUCCCCAGUAGCUUUAAAAUGAACAUUUGAAAAAGGGCUACCUGCUGUAUUUUUGACAAACUAGUUGUAAAUUGCAAGUCUACAUGUCUAUUCUUGAAUUGUUGAGUUGAUUUAACAGCUGAUUGUAUUUCAUCAAUUGAUUGAAUUCUCCAUUGUUGCUGGCUUUUUCACUGUUUCAGUUGACCUUGUUGUCACAGUGUUGUUAAUCUCUCCUUAAACCCCAGCCCCAGCCGUUGGAUGAACUCACAGUGGAGCAGCUUCCUGAUGAUGUGGAAAUUGAGCCAGACGAGCAGACUGAUGCAUUCACUGUGAGUGUUUCUGUUGGCCCUCUUCACACUCAUCAGUCCAUUGGGAGCCUGUGGUUUAGCUUUCAGACUCUCAGAAUAGCUGCUAGCUAAUGGCCUUUAGUUUACUGUACAAACUGGAAAUUAUGUUGCCUGGUGCUCAUCUUUGCCAAAGCUGUCACUACACAACAAUAACUUAUUACACACAACAUGUUCCUGAUAUUUUUAUUUAAUGUAUGAUUUAUGUGUGUUUUCUUACUCACAGGCUUACUUUGCAGAUGGAAAUAAGGUAAAGUAUUUUGAUCACAGGCAAUAAUGGUGAAAUUAUUGCGGUAAAAUGGUUGUAUAUUUUGCUGUGUUAUAACAAUUUUUGUGUAUUUGUUGACUUGUCUUCAAAAGCAACAAGACCGUGAACCAGUUUUCGCUGAGGAGCUGGGUCUCGCUGUUGAAAAACUGAAGGAUGGCUUCACACUUCAAGGACUGUGGGAAGUCAUGGGUUGA